UUGCUUAGUGGGUGAAGUACUUUGGAUUUUCAAUUUGAAGAGAAAGAAAAAUGCCAUGUUCUAAAGAAGAAGCUCUUAUUAGACUCUUCUACAAUUCAUCUUCCUCUUUCAAACUUCUCUUCCUUUUCAUCUUCUCUUCUCUCACUUUACUUCUCAAAUUCCUAAACUUCAUUGGCAUCUUUCCUCUUUUCCAAGGGGAUCAACAAUAUGAAUAUGUUUCAUCUGAGUAUGAAUAUGAUUACGAUUACGAAGAAGAACAAGAACGAGAACGAGAAGAAGAAGUUCGAGAGAGUUAUUUUUACGAAGAUUCUAUUGAGAAAGAUCAUUUAGUAGCUGAUAUAAUUUGUGGUGGAGAAGCUCUUAUGGUUUUGCAUGAAAAUAACAAAUCUCAAAGGAUUCACAAUUUUUCUCUUGAAGAAGAAGAGUUUAUAACACCACAAGAAACCUUGAUUGAAGAGUUUUCAGAUGAAGAAGAAACUUCAACAGAAAGUUUGCAUGUUCAUCAUCACAAGUCACCAAUUGUUUCAGAUUUUGAGACAGAAAUUAAUGAAACAGAAUUUCAAGAACAAGAAGAAGAUGCUGAUUCUGUUCCAGAUUUUGUUCCAGAUUCUGUUCAAGAUUCUGUUCAUGAUUCUGUUCAUGAUUCUGUUCCAAUUCAAAACAGGACCACUUCUAAUGUCUCAAUGAAUCUAUACAAAAGUGAUGACUUAGUAGAAAGUAACAAAAACUAUGAUGAAGAACAUGUUAUCAAAAACAAGAAAGUGCAUGAAUCAAAUGUUGAAAGAGAUGAGAGAUUUUGUGUGAUUGGUGCAACACAUUUGGAGAGAAAUAAGAAGUUGAUAUUUGAAGAAAAAGAUGAUGAAGAGAUAUAUGGUGAUUCAUGCACUGUUGGAUCAACAUCUAAAAGCUCUUCUGAUUGGAGAAGCUCAAUUGUUUGUAGAGAUUCAGGAACUGAUGACCCUUUUUCUUCUUCUUCAAGAGGAAGUUGUCCUAAGUGGGAAUCUUACACUGUUUUUCAAAAAUAUGAUGAAGAAAUGUCUUUUCUAGAAAGAAUUAGUGCUCAAAAACUUCAUGAAACAGAGUCUUUAAGAUCCAUCAAAGUAGCUCCAAGAUCAAUUUCAGGGAGAAUUGUGUACAAAUUUUCAAGCAUGAAUAAAAAACCAGAAGAUGCAAGCAAUCACAAUCCAUAUUGUGAAUUGGAAAGUGCUUAUGUUGCACAAAUUUGCUUAACAUGGGAAGCACUUAAUUGGAACUACAAGAAUUUUGAAUCAAAAAGAGCUUCAAAUGUUGAUGUUGGUUGUCCGGCAACAAUUGCACAACAAUUUCAACAGUUUCAAGUUUUGUUGCAAAGAUAUGUUGAGAAUGAACCUUAUGAGUAUGGUAGAAGACCUGAGAUUUAUGCUAGAAUGAGACAUUUGGCUCCAAAGUUGCUUCUAGUCCCUGAAUAUAGAGAUUCAGAUGAUGAUCAGAAGGAGAAGGUUGGGUUUAACUCAAAAACUUCAUCAGCUUCAUUUCUUGUGAUAAUGGAAGAUGGAAUCAAAACAUUCAUGAAUUUCUUAAAGGCUGAUAAAGAGAGAACAUGUCAGAUCCUUGCAUCUUACUUUCGAAGAAAUCGAAGAACCUUGAUUGAUCCAACAUUAAUCCGUCUUAUGAAGAAAGUUAAUCAAAAGAAGAAGAUGAAAGUUAAGGAUCUUAAGCGAUCUCACAAAUGCUUGAGGAAAAGAAAGUUAAAGGAGGAAGAAGAGAUGGAAAUUUUGAUGUCACUAAUAGACUUAAAAGUGGUGUCAAGGGUUUUAAGAAUGAGUGAGAUGAAUGAAAAUCAAUUACAUUGGUGUGAAGAGAAAAUUAGCAAAGUAAAAGUCAUUGAUGGGAAGCUACAAAGAGAUUCCACUCCACUUUUCUUUCCAUCACAUUGACCCACAAAAAAGAGGUUAUUGAUAUAAAUAUUACAUAAUGAGUGGGAGAUGAAUGUGCAUGGUUGCAUAAAAGGGAAUAUUCAUGACAUGCUUUUUGUAAAUAUGAAGAUAAAGAAAAAGGAGAAGGACCCUACAAAUCAAAGUGAAACUCAUGGAAUUUAUUGGAGUAUGAAAUUCAUGAAAAGAUGGGUAAAGUUGAAGAAGUGAGGUGUUAUGGAUGAAUGUUGAAAGUGGAAAACCAAAGACAAAGCAAUGUACAAACAAGAUAGAGACAAUAUUAGCUUUAGUUUUUGCUUUAGCUUUUUAUUUAUUUAUUUUUUAUUUUAGGGUUUAUUUAUCUACAAGGGUUUUGAGUUGAAGCACAUGGAGUUUAAUAAAAGUAGGAUUACACUCUUUUGAAUAAAGUAGGUCACAUGAUAAAGGAAUGGUAGGUUUAGUUUUUUUUUCUUCCUUAAUUAAUAAGGAAAAGAAUAGUUAGUUUUUUAAAGAGAAAAAUAAAUAUAUCAAUCAACCUUCA